UAGGUGGGGUUGGUAAGGUGGACGUAGCUGGUGAGUGGCGACCAAGAAUGGUAGGUGUGUGAUUGGGACGACGAGAGAACUUCGGGGGGCGAGUGGCCCCCAACCCUCUGCACCCGGGAGGAGAGGACUCUUCUUCUUCUCCUUCCUCGCUCAUUUAAAAACCUAACAAAUUUCUCCUCUCGCAUUUGCCUUUCCACGAGUCUAUAAAGGCCCAUUCUCAAGCGGCCUCCUUGUGAAACGAGGGGGGAGAGGAAAAAUGAAAGUUAUCGAGAAGAUAAGGGAGGCCGUCGAUGGCGAAGGGAAGACGGUGUUCUCCUUUGAGUUCUUUCCACCGAAGACGGACGAAGGUGUGGAGAAUCUUUUCGAGCGGAUGGAUCGCAUGGUUGCCCACAACCCGACAUUCUGCGAUAUCACCUGGGGUGCGGGUGGUUCCACCGCAGACGUCACCUUAGAAAUUGCCAAUCGGAUGCAGAACAUGAUCUCUGUGGAGACAAUGAUGCAUUUGACUUGCACAAACAUGCCAGUUGAGAAGAUUGACAAUGCUUUGGAUACCAUCAAGAACAACGGAAUUCAAAAUGUUUUGGCACUUAGAGGGGAUCCUCCUCACGGUCAGGACAAGUUUGUUCAAGUUGAGGGUGGAUUUUCAUGCGCUCUUGAUUUGGUAAAGCACAUUCGAGCAAAAUAUGGUGAUUACUUUGGUAUAACUGUUGCUGGUUAUCCAGAGGCACAUCCUGAUAUGAUCCAAGAAAAUGGUGCUACUUUGGAAGCUUACAGUAAUGAUCUCGCUUAUUUAAAGAAAAAGGUGGAUGCGGGUGCAGAUUUGAUAAUCACUCAGUUAUUUUAUGAUACUGACGUUUUCCUCAAGUUUGUGAAUGACUGCCGUCAAAUUGGAAUAAGUUGCCCGAUAGUUCCAGGCAUCAUGCCUAUAAAUAACUACAAGGGAUUUUUGCGAAUGACUGGAUUUUGCAAGACUAAGAUUCCAUCCGAUAUUACUGCUGCCUUGGAACCAAUUAAAGACAAUGAGGAAGCCGUCAAGGCAUAUGGAAUCCACUUAGGAACUGAGAUGUGCAAGAAAGUUUUAUCUCACGGGAUUAAAACAUUGCAUCUCUACACACUGAACAUGGAAAAGUCAGCGCUAGCCAUAUUAAUGAAUCUUGGAUUAAUUGAGGAGUCCAAGGUCACAAGGUCUUUGCCAUGGAGGCCUCCUGCAAAUGUGUUUCGAGCUAAAGAAGAUGUUCGACCAAUUUUUUGGGCUAAUCGUCCAAGGAGUUACAUUUUGAGAACCUCAGGUUGGGAUCAGUACCCACAUGGCAGGUGGGCUGAUUCUCAAAACCCAUCAUAUGGAGCUCUUACUGACCAUCAGUUCAUGCGUCCACGUGCACGAGAUAAGAAACUUCAAGAAGAAUGGGCUACCCCAAUCAGAUCUAUUGAAGACGUUCAUGAGAGGUUUAUGAGUUACUGCCUGGGCAAACUUAAAAGCAGUCCAUGGUCUGAUCUGGAUGGGCUUCAGCCAGAAACAAAGAUAAUAGAUGAACAGUUAGGUCAAAUUAACUUGAAAGGUUUCCUUUCCAUCAACAGUCAACCUGCAGUCAACGGAGUGAAAUCUGCUUCUCCUACUGUUGGAUGGGGCGGUCCUGGGGGCUAUGUUUACCAGAAGGCCUAUAUUGAAUUUUUUUGCUCUUCAGAGAAACUAAAGCAGCUAAUUGAAAAGUGCAAAGCAGUUCCAUCUCUCACUUACAUUGCUGUGAACAAGGAAGGACACAGUCUCUCCAAUGUUGGCACUAAUGCAGUAAAUGCGGUCACUUGGGGUGUUUUCCCUGCAAAACAAAUCAUUCAACCAACUGUUGUUGAUCCUGCUAGCUUUAUGGUGUGGAAAGAUGAAGCUUUUGAAAUCUGGACAAGAGGAUGGGCUUAUUUGUUCUCUGAAUCUGAUCCUUCAAGGGCUUUACUGGAGGAGAUCCAGAGAAGUUACUACUUGGUCAGCCUCGUUGACAAUGAUUUCAUCCAUGGCGAUCUUUUUGCUGCAUUCAAGGACAUCUAAAGCUUGGCCAUCUGCUUGAGAGCCUUAAAGCUCAGUUUACCUCAGUAGCCAUUAUCCUCCUCAACAUCCCCUAGCUGGAAAAAGCUGGGAAAUUGGGAUGCUAUGUUGUUAUUCUUUUGCUUUUUUAUUGCCAUGAUUUUAAUUUUAUGAAUCCUUGGAUUAAUUAUAUUGCUUAAGCUGUAUUACAGGAGAUGAUGCUUUUUUGUAUACCAAAAUGUUGGAGCUUUCAAAAAACAUGUGAAAUAAAUAUUAUAUUCAGUCUCAA